AUGAGGGAGUGUCUGCUCGAGUGUUAUGUCAAGGUCGCCUUGGACAAUGUCAAAUCGGUGUUCAGUCGCUCUGGUAAGGAGGGCAUCUUCCUUAGCGAGCUCGCGAAAGAUGGACCUCGUCCCCAGGUUGAGUGGGUUGAGGCUGGGGAAGUUGUUGGGCCUGCAUACCUUAAGCUUGCUACGAUCAAGGCUGAGGGUGCUCCUCUUGCUUUUCGUCGAGGUGGGGGCACAGCUUUUGGAUUCAGACUGCCGGCCUCUACCCCGCUUACAAGACCUUAUGCUUGGCGUGCUCGCAACAUCCCAAACUUUUGGACUGAGGCUGAUGUGCGAUCUGCCUUGGAAGGUGCUGGAUUUAGUGACUUUGAGCUCUUGAGCCCUGGCCAUGGAAAGGUCCCAUGGUUCUUCAGAGCUAAGUUGCAGAAUGAUGGUGGGCAGCCUUCCUUGGCUGUGCAAACCGGUCGGCUCACCAUUGACAUUGAGCGAGCUGCCCCUCGUCGAAAGUUGGAGAAUGCCCAGUCGAAGGUCAUCACAAAUCGACCUGUGCCGAAGCCCCCGAAGGCAUUGCCAGUUUCCACUGAAGCCGAGGAUGUUGAGAUGGAGCCCCCUACUUCACAGGGUGCAGCUGCCACUCCCCCUUCAACCGAGGUACGUGGGCGACCAGAUGAGCAAACUGGGAAAAAGGGCCGAGUGCGAUCCAGAUCGCUUAAGCGUAAGGGCGUUGUUUGGUGGGAGGAGCACGAAGGCGGUGGUGAUGGCAAUUGUUUUUACAACUGUGCUGGCGCUGCCUUUGGCCUCCAGCGUGACAAGAUGAGCUGGGAGGAUGUCUCGAAGAGCACUCGCUCGAGAGGUUGCACGCUCCGUUCCGAGUUGGCUGCCUACAUCCGUGAAAAGUCUGAGUACUUCAAGUCUUUCUGGCUUCCUCCUGACGUUCCCCAGACUGACACCGAGGAGGCUGCUCUACGUAGUAUGGAGGCUGGGGAUCCGGCCGAAACUUGGGGUGCUUAUUUGGCUAAUCUUGAUCGGCCGAAGCGCUGGUGCGAUGAGCUCGCCUUUCGCGCGGCUACCAAGCGUUUGAACUGCAGGAUCCUUGUCAUACUUGGUGACCCGGGCAAUCCCACUCAGGUGAUGAUCCCUUUGCUCUACAAAGACCACCGCUACAAACUGCUUGAGCCGAAAGCUGGGCACACAGUGCCGAGGGAAUGGUUGGAACAAGAGCCUGGCAAUGUCACUGCGCCCCGUGGUGGUGGUUGGCUUCCUUCCAGGGCUUCUUCUUCGGCUUCCUCCUCGAAGGUCCCUCGUUCUGCUGGCUCUGGGUGCCUCCUAGGAGCCACAGCGCUGACUCUCGUGCUUGGCUCCCUUCCAGGGCUACUUCUCGUAAAUCUCAGCGGGUCACUCCUCAAGCUGUUGCCCCAGCCUGUGGUUCUGAUCAGGUGA